ACCUCCUGAAACCCCAGAUGAAAAGAUGUCAUCCGAGAUGUCCGAUGGGAAUAUGAAUAUGACCGGUCAUGCAAUAGAUGAUGACAACAAACAACUGGAGAUUCAUUGUGAGGGAAGAUGUGAUGUUAAGAUAUUUUACCCGUCAGCUGAAGAAGACUCUGCUGACAAAGAUGACAGUGAUGAAGAUAAGGACAGUUCUUCUGCUGAAGAGAAGGACAGCAACAGCAAACAAAACUCCAAAGCAAACAAAGACAGUGACAGCAAAGACAGUGAGUAUGACAGCAAGGAUGACAGCAAGGAUGACAGCAAGGAUGAUAGCAAAGAUGAGAGUGGUGCUGAAUCAGACCCAAACAGCGAAGAUGACACCAAGUCAGAGGACUCUGAUGAUAGCAUGAUGAAAGAAUCUGAGAUCCUGAUGAUUCUGACAAGGAUGAUAAGGACAAGGAUGACUGGCACUCAUGCUAACACCAGCCCCGGCAACCAUUCUCUGGGUAGAGCCCACAAAAAACACAGAAUCAGAUAG